GGACUGUCUUAGAAACUUUCCACAAAUUAUAUGCGACAUCUACACGCGAUCGACGUAGUUGCGCGCAAAUCUUGUAACAUUCAGUAUAUUUCUAAAUAUUCUCGAUUUUAUCGAGUCGUCGGAAACCUUCGAAAACCCAAACAACUACCACAAGCUUCUCCCCUCUUAUACAAACCCGAACCACAUUCUACGAACCCCACGCCGAAAAGUACGAAUGGGUGUCGAAACUCGUCGGUCGAAAUCCCAGAAAAGAGACAAGUUGUCAGUCUCGACGACGAGUGGUCGUGUAAAUGGUCAUUCGAACGGUGGUUUGAAUGAAAUGGAGUUACGGCGGAAACAUGCAGCGCCGCAAGAGUCCGGCGAGGUUACGGCAAACCUGAUGGCUCGCGAAUCAUUUUCCCUCGACGAUCACGUACCGAAAACGCCCGUACCAAAUAACCAUGGCUUCUUCGAAUUACCCAAGCAAGACCAAAGAAAUUUUAUAUUACUUGUGUUAUUAUACUUCCUGCAAGGUGUGCCUAUGGGACUUGCAAGUGGAUCAGUACCAUUCCUUCUAAAAGAGCAUCUGUCAUUCGGCGAAAUUGGUGUUUUUAGCUUGGCCUCAUAUCCGUACUCGUUAAAGUUAUUUUGGAGUCCGAUAGUGGAUGCAGUAUGGAGUCCCAAGGUGGGCAGAAGGAAAAGUUGGAUCCUACCAAUCCAGCUCAUGUCUGGGUUCGGCAUGUUAUAUCUAGGGUCUAUGAUUGAAGAUUUGAUGUCUACAACAGGGAAGCCAGGCGGGCCGACUGUAUGGAAUUUCACAGGAUGGUGGUUCUUCCUAGUCUUCAUGUGUGCCACGCAAGAUAUUGCCGUUGAUGGAUGGGCUUUGACACUUCUUACUCCUGGAAACGUUUCUUAUGCCUCCACAGCCCAGACCGUUGGUCUAACGGCGGGUCAGUUCCUGUCUUACACCGUUUUCCUAGCCUUCAAUUCCAGCGACUUUACGAAUCGGUACUUCCGCUCUACACCGUCUGAGGAGGGUCUUUUGAGCUUAGGAGGAUACUUGACGUUUUGGGGUUGGGCAUACAUAGCAAUUACUAUCGGUCUUGCGCUCCUGAAGAAGGAAGAGAAAACAAAAAAUGAGGAUGGUAUUUGGGAUGUUUACAAGAUUAUGUGGGAUGUCUUGAAGUUGCGAAAUAUCCAGACCAUCAUUAUCGUCCAUCUUAUUUCGAAGAUAGGCUUCCAGGCAAACGAUGCGGUUACAAAUUUGAAGCUGCUAGAAAAGGGGUUCGGCAAAGAGAAUAUGGCACUGACGGUACUCAUCGACUUCCCCUUCGAAAUUGGUCUGGGCUACUAUGCUGGUAAAUGGUCUCAAGAAUACACCCCUAUGCGACUCUGGUGUUGGGGCUUUGUGGGUCGUCUCAUCGCCGCUGUGUUCGCUCAGCUCACCGUCAGUAUCUUCCCAGCUAGCGGAGUUCAGCCUUGGUAUCUUCUUCUCGUUAUUGGCGAACAUGUAUUUUCGACGUUCACGUCGACGGUCAUGUUUGUUGCUGUCUCCGCGUUCCACGCUCAGGUUGCCGACCCCGUCAUCGGUGGAACUUAUAUGACCCUGCUCGCAACUGUUUCGAAUCUUGGAGGUACAUUCCCCAAGUUCUUUGUCCUGCGUUUAGUCGAUGCCUUCACAUCAGCCACAUGCCACCCGCCAACGGAGAAGCCUGAUAGCUCAACACUGAGGGGUCCGCUUGUAACACAGGCAUUUUCAUGCGCCGUUCAGGCUGAGAGGGAACGAUGUGAGCAUGGUGGAGGUACUUGCGAGACCCUUCACGAUGGGUUCUACAUUGUAAACAUUCUAUGUGUUAUUGUAGGAGUAGUAACCUUUACCUUCUUCAUCAGGAAGAAGGUUCUUAUGCUACAAAGCCUGCCGUUACGAGCGUGGCGGUUAGCCGGAUCUCGGUAGAAGAUAAUCCAAGUGUAUAAUACUUUGCAACCCCGUGCUACUUCACCCCAGCCCCGACU